CAGCCCAACAUCGUAGCUAUUUUAAUCUUAGCGCGCUAGGAAUUAGUAAGUGCAUCUAGAAAUUAGUUAUUACGGCCAACGUAAAUUCCCCAGUAAAAUAUUGACUAGGUUCCAGUUAUUAUAUGGUGGAAACUAGGAAACAUGUAGGUAUAGCGUAAUUCAAACAGUUAUUAUAUGCAAUUUUAGGAAGAAUGGCUGAGUGCCAACAUAAUCCCCUUAAACCUUUAAGGAGACAGAUGGAGGGCGUGGAUUCUGAUGAUACAGAAAUGAACACAUCUCAAGAUGAUAUCAUAGUAAAUAAGCCAGAAGAUACUGAUCCAGAUACGGAAGAACAAGGCGAAAAUGGCCAAACCAAUGAAAGUGAGCAAACAGAAGAUGAUCGUUCGAAAAUUGACCAAGAAAGUAAUGGAAAUGGUGAUGAUAACAAUCAGUCUGUGCAAGAGUUAAGGAUGGAUAAAAAUGCUGAUAGUAACCAAGGUGAAAACAUGCAAGCUGAAAUGAAGCAAAAGAAAUACGAACAUUUUGAAAGUAGCAAACUGGAAGAUGGUAGAAAUGGUAAGACUGGGCAAGGAGAAAACGACCAGAUGGGGAAAGAACAAAUCCAAAGAAAUCAUGGUCGAGCAGAGUUAGAGCGUGAGAAAAGUGGCACUGUACAUGUUGUUGAGGCGGCAGAAGAAGAAGAAGGCUAUAUAGCAUGUGAAACACCGUAUGAACCAUAUAACUUGCAAUCAACACCGGACCAGUCAACACAUGUACAGGUAAGGGGCACAUAACAAUCCAUACACUGAAAUUUUGUGAAGCGGUUCAAUUCAAAUAUGUCGAUACAUAAUACAUGUCAUGCAGUUCAUCAUGUGACUUCAUAGUAAAGUAAAAAAAAACAAUUACUCACAGAGAAAGAGACAAAGAAUAAAGACGAGCAUAAACAUUUGACAAUAAAUCCUUAAAAUAUAAAGUGUACUUGUAGGGUUUGAAUCCACAAUCUUUCACUAUCCUGAUUUUAAAAGACCAAAAUAGUUUCUUAUUUGUAAUUUUUAGGUUGAUUUUUAUCUUCUGAUCCUUGGAAAAAUUUAUGUUAAUCACGUUUACAUCCAUCUUGGUCCUAACGAAUUUAGACAACUGGAAGCUGUUGAUGGAUAUCCUAAACUGUGGAAAUGUAGCGUAAUGUUUCUAGGUGACCCGAUCAAAGACAGUUUCAGAUAUCGAUAUGGCGUUUACAGACUUCAAAACGCGGUAAAUGUACCUGUAUUUGGCCGGGUUGAAUAUGGCAAAGAUCUCUCAUACUGUGUAGAAAUUGGUGAAAAAUGCGUGAGCUCAAAAGUCCAGUUUGAUGUGUUUCGUUUUCCAGAAGACAAGCAUUAUGUGUCUGAGACUACUCACAAAGCUGUGUUCUAUUACCUGAAGUGGUUGUUGCCGCUUGUUUGUCCAGAAAGUAUUUCUGAAACUCUUGUUAACGUCAAAGGUUUGAGUUUCUAUUUGUUAACCAAGAAAAAUGUGAAAACCGUUAUCAACUGGAUUAUGGAACAGGUUUUGGGUAAUUCCGCGACAAACAUACAGCGAUUGUAUUUAUGUGUUGUCCUUGGUCAUCUCCAAAGAUUUUGUUCCCCAUUACCAUUUCCAAAAGAUAACAAAAUGGUACAAACCUGUGAUCGUUUUCUGCAGUGUCUGAUCGCCUGCGUUAAUUCCAACUUUCUGUCAGCAUCAGACCUCAACCUUUUAGAAAAAUUAGCAGUUGUUUUGGUAGAGAACAGUAGCAGUCCCGGAUGGCUUACCCUUGCAGCGUAUUUUUAUCCCUAUUUUGGAAUCGAUUAUAUCCUUGGAAAAGAAUAUGCCAAAAGUUUGAACUACGGAUAUAAUGACAAGGAAUACCAUGAAAUGGCCACUGAACUCCUUUUAAAUAUAAAAAUAAAAAAUAGAAAUGAUCAGAUCGCCCACAAAAAAUUACUACAUUUGGUACUGAAGAACGCUCCAACUUUGGACGAUGCUUUGAAGCUAUUCACAAGUCCUGAAGUCAGCCAGUUCUUUGCCAAUGAAGAUGAGGGAGAUCUUUUUUUUUCAAAAUUCUACCAGGACAAAUCGCAAGAUAGGACGCAGAAAAAAAGUGCAGGUACAAAGCUGGUUGAAUUUCAUAAAAUGCCAAAGAAUAUCCGUGAAAAGAUGCAAAACUAUCUGUUCCCAAUAUUGCUCGAAUACUCCAAGUCAAAUGAAGGAUUAAAAGACGAACACGUUAACAUGUUUUGUAAGUCAAUCGUUUUAGAAAAAGAUCUGGGUAUGGUUGAAGUCCUGAAGAUACUCAUGGAGCUUUCGAAGUCAAAGUCAGUUCCUCGUCAGGAUUUACUACUUGAUAUUCUAGAUAACAAAGAUUUUGAGAAAGAUUGGAAUCAAGCGUCACAUGUAGACAAGGUGAAUAUUUGUAAAUCGUGGGUUAUGACCAGAUUAAGAAAUAAAGGCUGCAAAGGGUGGCCAAGUUAUGAAGGGUGGCCAAGUGGCGUGGAUAAGAUUGUGGCAGUUUAUGAAGUAAUCAAUGCCAUAAUGCGUUGUUCACUCAAUACAUCAAAUAAAGUUCUCGCUGAAGAUGUCUCCAUCUAUGUUGUGGACGUAUUUUUAGGAAAUGAAGGUAUUUCUGUGCUUAAAGCUUUUCCAAGCAUAGAGAAAUGUGUAACCGUUGUACAGGAUUGCUACAAGUCCCACGUAAGGAAGAUAUUGAAACAAACACCAAAGGUGGUAAAGAAGUCAAGCAAUAUCCUUAAGGAUUGUUCGAGAAGCAGGUACGUGCGCGUUUCUGUUUAACUCUAUUUCGUUUUUAUUACACUGGCCGAACGAGCCAGUGUAAUAAAUGGGGGACUUUCUGUCUUCGUCGUUUUCGGUAUUCUUGGGUGUCACAAACUUGACAUCCCUUAAAGAAAUCGCAGGCUCAGGGUACAGUGCUUCAGUGACCUAUGCAGUUCAGCACACUGUAUAUGCCAUAUUCUUGGGUUUCGAUCACGUGAUAUUUUAACAUAAUUUGACUCAGGUGGGGACAAACAUUGAACUGAGGUCACCUAAAACAAUAAAGAAACGGCCUGAUGGCUGUAGUGAUAGAGUGGAAGUAGUUGAACGGAAGUGCACAAGGUGUGGUGUUAUAUACAUGAAAGAGCGUACAGGGUUGAGUGUGAAUGAUAAAAGCGUGACAUAAAUGUAUUCUUCAAUUAACAAAAUAUAUGAAUAAAGUUUGAAAAAGGAUAUAACAAUGGCUGUCAAUGCAUCUUAUGUAAAUUAGUUCUCCGACCAUUAUAAAAGCCAAUAUAAAACAAUAUAAAAGCCAUCCUUUACCCUCGACAUAGAGUCUUGACUCACACGUGACGUCGUACGAAACCCGAGAAUACAUUGUUUCAGAUAAUCUGUGAUAUUAUUUAGAUCGAAGAGUGAAUAACGCGCACCAUUGGAUAUUUUGAAUGCAGCACUGGUGCGACAAUUGAAAGAAAACGUCCACAUGUUCGGGCAUUUUUGUCAUAAAAAGAGUUUCUUGAACCUCCGAGAAACUUGAAAGCACACGUCCCAGUUAUCCGGCUAUACUGUAUUUCGCUACUGAUUUUAGACUGACAGCAAGAGUUAUUUCGAAAUUUAAUCUUUGUCUUUUCGUGAUUUCAGUCUCGGUCAAGAACUCUUGUCUUGUCUCCUGGAAACCCUAUACGUACCAGAAGUUACAAAGGAAAGUGUGAUUACUGAAGACGACUUGGGGAAAAUUUUGGAUUGGUGUGAUAUUUGGAUUACCUCACUUAAAACAACGG